AUGCGAAAAAAUGACUUUGACGUGAGGGAGAUGAACGCAGCAUUGGGUCUCCUUAGGCUAGCUAGAGAGGGAAAGGGCGAAGCAGAUGAGCCUGAUACAAGGACAAGAAAGACCACUUUCCAGAUGAUGGUUCUUAAAGAGGUAUUCAAGAUUGCACCGCAUCCGUCGACGCUUACGAAGACAGACCUUGCACUUAUGAUCAAGCUUCCGCUGAAAGCUGUACAGAUAUGGUUUCAAAACGAGCGAAGCAGGAAAGAGAGAGGAGGGAGGACGGGGAAGAGAAGCAGGGGAGGAAGAUCAGAAAACAUAGAUCCGGUGAAGUUGUUCAAGGUUAUAAUGAAGGUUCUGGAAAAGAACAGAGAGGGUUUUGGCUUCUAG